UUAAUGAUGAUGAUUAAUGGCUUUAAUUUUUAUGUAUAUUUUAAUCGUUGUUUGUUUGUUUCAUGUUAUGUUUAUAUAUACACAUACACACACAUUGUAAGUACCAAAGUAAUUGUAAGACGAGUGCAAAAAUUACUAUGUAAUUACUUAGCACAAUAAAUGAAAUGAAUGAAAAAAGAACAUCUGACAUAAGUGCAAUAAGUGCACAAGCAAUGAAGCGAAUUUGUGAUUAACUUGUUUAAUUUUGUGGUAAAUUCAAAAACAAUGACGGUUAACACUAUAACGCAAAGGUCGAUAGAUAAACUUUGAAACAAAUCUUAAGACGUUUUAUCUUAUCUAUCUUAUCAUACGGUAUUGAUUUAUUACAUCAAUUGAACCUAAUACAAUGUAAGUAGUAAUCAGCACUUAAACCGUGAGUAUUUCUAGAGCAUCUAUAACUGCAAGAGCAAUUUAAAGCUUUCAAAAUGUGUGUGUUAAUGACUAGAACAUCAUGUUGCAAAAGUAUACCCAAGCAUGCUAAAUAUUUUCAAUAUACUACGGCAUUCUGUGUGGGCAUCUUACAAUUUUCCGUAAAUUCGGUAAAUGUUUGGAUCUCCCCGGUAUUGCCGCAUCUGACAUCGGAUGUCUCAGUAAUUGGAGUUACGUUAACCCAAGAGGAAGCAUCGUGGGCGAUUGCGACAGUAGGUUUGGGCGUAACCAUGGCCAGUUUAGUAAUAGGAAUAUGCCUUGAUAGAAUAGGACCAAAAUUCAUCUUGCUGCUAAGUUCGGCUUUGACAAUCGCGUCUUGGAUUUGCUUUUUCUUUGCGAAAUCUUUAGCGGUGUUGAUUGUAGGAAGAUUUCUUGCAGGUAUAGGGCAAGGAAUAGCCUUGAUUUGCUGCCCAAUUUACAUGUGCGAGGUGGCAGAUAAAGAAAUUCGAGGAAAAAUCGGAACCAUCCCUUCUGGUAUGGGAAUGCUGGGAACGGUCUUUGUGCUCAUGGCCGGUCCGUACCUUUCGUAUACUCACCUGGUAAUCGCUUGCGCCGUUUUCCCCAUCGCCUUCUUCAUUAUGUUCCUCUUAAUCCCAGAUUCUCCAUACUUUCUAAUAAAGGUCGGUAAAAUCGAAGCAGCAAAAGCCAGUAUUGCGAGAUUCUCGAGGUUGUCUAUCACUAAUGAAGAAAUUGACGCGAUGGCAAAAAAAGUAGAAGAAAUUGUAGAACAAGAUGCAGCUAGUUCAUUAAGCAUUACACUGUCCUCUUUACAUUUUCGUAGAUCAAUGGCGAUAGCACUUGCUGCUAAACUAAUCAUAAGCUUUUGCGGUAUUAGCGUUAUAACUCCUUACUUGCACACUAUAUUGGAGUCUGGAGCUUCUAGUAUCUCGCCGAAAUUGUCUAGUGUGAUCUACGGAUUUAUUGCAAUACCCGGAUUGAUCCUAUCAGUCUUGCUGUUGGAUAAAAUUGGACGAAGACCAGUUUUUUGUGCGUCAUCUUUAGGAGCCGGUAUCUCAAUAAUAGGCGAGGGUGUUUACCUUUACCUUGAUGACCAGGUUGAUCUAGAGAAAGUUUCAUUUUUACCGGUAUUAUGCUUAACAUCAUACAAAUUUUGGAUCUCUUUGGGAAUACUCCAUUUGCCGUAUUUUAUCGUGGGGGAGCUUUUUACAACAAACACCAAACGUAUGGCCGCACUCGUUAUAAUAUUUUGUACGGGAAUUCUAACCUUUUUGAACGUAAAAGUCUUUGGAAGCGUGUUCGAGUCCUGGGGAAUGUAUACAAUGUGCUGGUUUUUCGGAGGUGUAACGCUGUGUGGCGUUAUAUUUGCCUUCUUUAUUCUUCCAGAGACCAAAGGAAAGACUUUAGCCGAUAUCCACGAUGGGCUUACAAAGAGGAACUGAAAUUCCCCACCUAGACGAGUUUAUUUCAGACCCGUGCUGCUGCUGUGAUCAUUGUAAUAAUUAACUGUAUGAAUGUGAAAAGAUGUAUCAUGUUUUUGUUGGAGUUUAAAAUUUGCCACCUUGCAUAGUAGGAGGGAAAAUCCAAUGGUUUGUUGCAACAAGUUAAAAGCAACGCUUCGUAUUUUAUUUAAGGCCCCUCUUUGCUGCAAUAGAAUACAUAAUCGUGAUGUAAAUUCUGCACGGACCGCCCAUAGAAUCCUCGCU